CCGACUUGGCGGGCUUAGUCGCUUCGGCAGAAAAACGCGGGAAAUAGUUUUAGUGAAGUGACAUUUAAAAGUAUUUUAACUUUGUGAAUUAAAAUUAAAAUAUUAACACACAAAAAUGUCGCCAAAAAGUAAAGAAGAAUGCGAGACCGAAGCCCUAAAGUCGGAUCCAGAGGGGGAUCCGGAGGCCAAAGAGGGUGGCGCGGGAGCCCUAGAAGCAAAGAUGUCCCUUAUGAAUGGCAUCACCGUUAUUGUAGGUUCCAUCAUUGGAAGUGGUAUCUUCGUGUCACCAACUGGUGUACUGAAGUAUACUGGUUCAGUUAACGCUAGUCUGCUGGUAUGGAUUGCUUCUGGAGUUUUCAGUAUGAUAGGAGCCUACUGCUACGCGGAGCUGGGCACCAUGAUCAGACUGAGUGGAGCUGACUACGCGUACAUCAUGGAGACGUUUGGACCAUUCGCUGCCUUCAUCAGGCUCUGGAUUGAGUGCAUGAUCGUCAGGCCUUGCUCACAGGCGAUCGUGGCGCUAACGUUCAGCGUGUACGUGUUGAAGCCAAUAUUCCCUGAAUGUGACCCGCCUGAGGAUGCCACCAGGUUGCUCGCUGCUUGCUGUAUCUUGCUGCUAACGUUCGUGAACUGCUGGUCAGUGCGAGCAGCCACGAGGGUGCAGGACUGGUUCACAUACGCCAAGCUGUUGGCUCUGUUCAUCAUCAUCGCUGCCGGCAUCUAUCAGCUCUGCAGAGGAGAGGUGCAGCACUUCACGUUUGAGGGAACCACCAACGAUGUGACUUCCAUCGCGCUUUCCUUCUACUCUGGACUCUUCGCUUACAACGGAUGGAACUACCUGAACUUCAUAAUCGAGGAGUUGAAGGAUCCAGUGAGGAACCUGCCCCGAGCUAUCGCCAUCUCCUGCACCCUGGUCACCGUGGUCUACACAUUCACCAACGUCGCUUUCUACACUACACUCUCUCCUACUGAAGUCCUCGGUUCUGCGGCGGUUGCUGUAACGUUCGCGGAGCGUCUGUUCGGUUGGUUUGCUCUCUCCAUUCCUCUGUUUGUCGCUGCUUCUACCUUCGGAGCCGUCAAUGGUGUACUUCUUACUUCUUCAAGACUGUUCUACGCGGGUGCCGCCCAAGGCCAGAUGCCGGAGAUGUUGACGAUGGUGAGCGCGCGCGCGACGCCGGCGGCCGCAGUACUGGCCGUGGCGCUGCUCAGUCUGCUCUACCUCACUGUCUCCGACAUCUACGCACUCAUCAACUACGUCGGCUUCGCUACCUGGUUAAGUAUCGGCGCUGCAGUACUGUGCUUACCUGUGCUGAGGUACACACAACCGAAUCUCGAAAGACCCAUCAAAGUGAACCUCUUCUUCCCCGUGAUCUACAUAAUCUGCACAAUCCUGGUGGUGGCGUUCCCUGCGUUCGCGUCUCCCGCGGAGACAGGCGUGGGAUGUCUGAUGAUCCUCACUGCCGUGCCGGUAUACCUACUGCUGCUGCAUCCCAGGACCAGGAUCAAGUGGCUCAGCUCCAUCACUAAUCUUGCCACCGUCCUCGUGCAAAAGCUGACUUUAUCAUCGCGACCCAAAAUGAAGUGAACGCAUUCAACGAAAUCAGCUGUCGACAACAUAUCCGACCAUCGGUAAGGCCGCUCUACUUGUCUGUUUUAUCAAGAGAGUACAAAAACAACAAUUAAUAAUAAUAAUAUUAUACCUCAUUUCAAAAUUAAAACAUAAAAAAAAACGCGACAGCUUUGCUUAGACUUGGCGGUGCACUACCGAGCCUCUAGGAAAUAAAACUGUUAUAAUCAAUGGUAAAACAGGCAAAUAUAUGAGUACUUUUAUAUGAAAAAAUACUGUUAUUAUAAUAUUAUUAUAUCUAUUUAAUGUAUAUGAUAUAGAUCGAAGUUCUAUAUUUGCGAUUAAUCUUUGCAUAAAAUUAGUCGCAAUAGUGAACGAUCGACUUGUUGUAUGUUUUAAAUAACUUAUUAAUAUACUCAAUUAUGAAAUGUAAAAUUAUAACAAUUUGUGUAUUACGUCAUAUUUGUAAUAAUUGAUCAGUUUGAAGCACAUUCCGAUGAUAUAUUGUGGGCUUAUAGAGUUCUUUACAAUAUGGAUCUUCGGGGCUGACAUGUUCCUGAACGAAGACCCUAAAACCAUAGAUAAUAAAAAAGAUGGAUCUUACAUACAAUAUCGGUGUGUGUUGGUAAUUUAUGUAUUAUACUAUUCCCUUCCGUAUCUCGAAUCGAUGUAUAAUUACUGUUUGACAUAAAAAUACUGCCAUUAUAGUAAUUUUCAUUCUAAUAAUGAAUGUUAUGAUUUAGCGAUGUUGGCAACUAAAGAUGAAAAUGAGUAAGGUAGUAAGAAAAUAAGCUUGAAAUAUUUAUACUGAUGUGUAUAAACUAAUAAUUUAAAUUCAGGGUGUUUGUACGUGUCUAGCUAUUUGUGGGAGAAUUUAAUGGGAAAAUUUACUGUAAUUUUUUUCUGAUUUGCUCUCAAAGUAAUGCUUUUAGCAUGAAACGUCUAUUGAACUUCAAUAUUAAGUGUAUCUAGCUGCAAUUUUUGCCAAGGGUGUCGUCAAGGCCCGAGUGAAUAGGUUUUAGUUGCUUAUGGGACGACGUUCUCCAUCACUGGCCGCAUCAUCGGUUACCACC